AUGAUAUUGAGAAACGUAUUUCGUACCUGUGGGGGUAAAUCUGUAUUAUACCGCUCCUCAUUAGGAAUUGCUUGUAAGAAUACUACAUUACGUGUAUCUUACUCCACUACUCCAUUAAGUCUUAAGAGCACUUCACGUCCAUUUGCUGGUUCUAUUUUGAGCCAAAGUAGUUUCUAUAAAACAAAGUUUAAAAAUGCCAGAUUUCAAAGUACAACAACUGCUAAUAAUGCUAACAAUUCUUCUAAUGAAAUUCCAAGUGAAACUAUGAUUAAAUUUUCUAAGAACACAGGGUACUGGUUAAUUGGUACGUCCGGUUUAGUUUUUGGUAUUGUCAUUUUUGGCGGUUUGACAAGAUUAACAGAAUCUGGUUUAAGUAUUACUGAAUGGAAACCUGUUACUGGUACUAUUCCACCAUUGAACCAAAAGCAAUGGGAGGACGAAUUUGAAAAAUAUAAGGCUUCACCAGAAUUUAAACAAUUGAAUUCUAAUAUGGAUUUGGAUGAAUUUAAAUUUAUUUUCUUUAUGGAAUGGUUCCAUAGAGUAUGGGGUAGAGCCAUUGGAAUUGUCUUCAUUGUUCCUGCAAUGUAUUUAGUAGCUCGUAGAAAGACAUCGGCUCAUGUUAAUAAGAGUUUACUAGUGUUAACUGGUCUAUUGGGUCUUCAAGGUUUUAUCGGUUGGUGGAUGGUUUAUUCUGGUUUAGAUCAAAAGCAAUUAGAUGCCAGAAAUUCCAAACCUACUGUUUCUCAAUAUAGAUUAACUACACAUUUAGGUGCAGCCUUCUUAUUAUAUACUGGUAUGAUUUGGGUUGGAUUAGAAAUGUUAAGAGAUGCUAAAUGGAUGAAAAAUCCAAAGGACGCUUUAAAAUUAUUUAAGCAAUUAGAUAACCCAGCUUUAAAAAAUUUGAGACCAAUGUCAUUUGCAAUCUUGGCUUUUACUUUCUUGACAGCUAUGUCUGGUGGUAUGGUUGCAGGGUUAGAUGCUGGUUGGAUUUAUAACACAUGGCCAAAGAUGGGUGAAACUUGGUUCCCAAGUUCCCGUGAAUUAUUAGAUGAUCAUUUUGCACGCAAGGAUGAUAAAAGUGAUUUGUUUUGGAGAAAUAUGUUAGAAAAUCCAACUACUGUUCAAAUGAACCACAGAUUAUUUGCUUAUACUGCCUUCUGUUCCAUCUUAGCUUUACAUUUGUACUGCAGUAAAAGAAAGGCAAUUAUUCCAAGGCAUAUCAAUAUGACCAUGCAUGCUAUGAUGGGAUUCGUUACUUUACAAGUUACUUUGGGUGUUCUUACCUUAUUGUAUAUGGUACCUAUCUCUUUAGCAUCCUUACAUCAAGGUGGUGCUUUGGCAUUGUUUACCACAUCAAUCAUUUUCGCAUCUCAGUUGAGAAAACCAAGAGCUGAAAUGCGUAAUUUAAUUACAUUAAUUGAUAAACAAGGUCCACGAGUAAGUAAGAUUUUAACUGAAACUGCCAAAUUAAAGAAAUAG